UCGGUGCUCGGUCGAUGAUGGGGUCUGUCUACCACCACCGAGGCACAGGUACUCCAGAUGAAUAUAAACUCUACUUGCGAUCGGUUCGGUGGCGGCGAUUAACGAAGUUAUUCGAGUCGAGAGUAUUUCUGAGAAAAAAUUGUAUAUGGUGGUAUAUGACAAGAGUUUUAAAACCAAACAAAAAAGUAAAAAAAAAAAUAUCUUUCUUCGGGUUGGCAUGGAGUGCAACAACAAGCACUUAUCAAAGGAGUUUAUUUGCAGGACACUUGAAAUUGGUUAACCCUGCUAAAAAAAAAAAGUGGUUGUUUCGUUGUUUUAUUUUUAAAUUACACCAAGUGGAGUGAUAAAGAGUGUUGUAGUGAGGUAAACAAAAUUUAAAAAAAUACAAAAUAAUGCGGGUUGUUUGAUCGAUGACAUGACCAACCUUGGAUUUGAUUCGUAGCAAUCGAAAAUAGCGGCUGUAUCGUAGUUGUUUGUUUGCCUCUGCUGGUUAUGUUAAUAUUGUGUCUGGGUUUGGGUUCUUGAGUCAAGGCCAAUAUCACUCUAGUAUGAUAAUAAUAUUAUUUGAGUGCAUUUACAGUUAUAUUUGAAUUAUUUAUGUGCUUCUUGUGCUACUAAUUGGAUAAAGUAGAUUUUUUUUUGUGAAUUUUAAGUGAUCUGGAUAAGUGAUAAAAAUAUAUAAUAAAAACAACAAAUAAAACACGUUUCCGAAGGAUUUUUAUGGAUUAAAAUUUUUAAUUCGACAAGAAAAUAUGAAACGCAGAAAACUCUCCCCUUCAGGCUGGGAGCUUCAAGUGUCUCUUGGCCUCAUAACAUUCACAUUCCUCAACAUAAUUAUAAUAAGUACAGAUCGUGUCGAUAGUGCAAUAGUCCCACCCCCAUGGAGUGAUCCACAGAAAAAUCCUUGCGCAACAAUGCCUGGUGGUUGGCAACUACUCUAUUGGCCACCAUUGAAGAAAUGUUUUAAAAUAUUUCAAGUUGGUUAUCCAUGUCCAGAAACUAUGGAAUUAAGUCCAGCAGCAAGUUCGAAAUAUACUUCGAAAAAUGGUCCAGCAGCUGAAUGCCGUUGUCCACCGGGAACAGCAUUAAGUGCCGAAACUAAUAAGUGUCAUAUAGUCUUUGAAAGAGGACCUUGCAAGGCGGGACAGUUUUUUAGUCCAAUGCCAGAAGGACAAACACAAAAGAGAACAGGAAACCGUUGGGGUAUGUGUAAACAACCAAGUCAGUGUCCAAUGGGUAUGCUAUUUUGGCCAAAAGAUGGAAAAUGUUAUUCCAUGUAUACAAAAGGACCCUGUUCCAAGGGUAAACUCUUGAUACAAGACGAACAUAGUCUUGCCCAGUGUAGAUGUCAGAGUAUGGGUGAACUGGGAGAAUAUUUUUACGAAACUGAUGAAACUUGCCAUGAACAUUUUACCAAGGGACCUUGUUCAACACCCGGACAUCUAUUUCUUCCUGGCGGAAGAUGUGAUUGUAUGCCAAAUCUACCUCAUUACCAUGAACCCAAUGGAAUGUGUUUUGAAUUGGGUUCUCCAGGACCAUGUCCACCGGGACAUAUAUUCAUAGUUCCUGAAAACAGAACCGAAAAUUACAAACGUGCCAAAUGCCAGUGUAAGGAAGGCUAUGUUUUAUGGAACGAUGGCUUAUGUUAUCGACUCUACACUCGAGGACCAUGUGCUCCAAAUGAAUUUCUCCUAAAUGCCACGUCUUGUGUUCGAAAUUUCUGCGGCAAGAAUCGACUUUACUUUCCUGAAGAGAAAUCUUGCUACAGAAUCGGUUCUCAAGGACCAUGUGAUCUGUAUCAAGUGGUUGUGUUUGAUUUCACAGCAAGACCAUCAAUAGAUGGCGUUUCAUAUAACGGAAUGUGUGGUUGUUCAGGUGUCAUUAUGAAUUUGGAUCAACAAUGUACCCAUUCCAAUACCGAUCCUGAUGCCAAUACAUGUGAAUCGUCACCGGGAAUGGUUGAAAUCGAUGGAAAUUGUUAUAAGCUUUAUAGUCGAGGUCCAUGCGGACCUGGUCAAUGGCUUGAGCCUAUCAAAAGUUCUACACUUUCAGUGUACUCGGAGGAAUAUUUUAUUACACCAAUGACAAGUAAGGCAAAAUGUGUUUGCCGACCGGGAUAUACAAGCUACGAAGCUCCUGAUAAAUCAUUUAUCGGAUGUAAUGCACCAACAGUUGGAUUGGCGAGGUAUUUAAAUCGACAAAAGUAUCAAUUUGGACCGAUGUCAAUUAUGACAGCGCCAGAGGCGUAGUAGUGGUUAAUUUAAGGGGUUGUAUAUGUAAAUGCAAGCAAAAAAAAAAUAUACCUCUACUUCCAAAGACUGAUUUUUGUGUAAGCUGUAGUUUUGUAGAAAUUUUAAAUUAUUACAAAUUAAGCAUGUUACGAUAAAACAAAAUUAUUUUUAGUUUAAAAUUCUUUCUAAUGAGUAAA